AUGUGCAUGGCCGCCUCGAUGUGGCACAACGUUGUGAUGGAAGCUGUUUGGUGGCGCGCCUGGGACCGCGUCGCUCCUCACGCUCUGGCUGCCCCACAUUAUUGGAACUUCCUGAAGGUUAGGCGUUCGAAUCGCCUUGGGUUCAAUUCCCUGUUCCGAACAAUUUUUUGCACUUUUCUCGAAUUUUUGACGAUUUUUUUCUUGGCCGUAGCAAUACAUCGUGCCACUAUUCAAGCGGACUUAAGCGGCCUCGAAGCCAAGCCGGACCCAUGGCGCAACGGUAGCGCGUCAGAUUCCAGUUCCUGGAACUUCCUGAAGGUUAGGCGUUCGAAUCGCCUUGGGUUCAAUCCCCUACUUCCGGAUCAAUUUUUUUUGGUCGUGCCCCGCGCUGGUGCCCCGCGAUGGAGGGGCAGCGAGGAUGAGGGGUUCAACUCGCGUAGCGACAGACUUUUUUUUUUAGCUUAUGCAUAUGCGUCUUUGACUGGUAAAAGCAUGUACAUCGUUCUUUCGUUGCUGUCUGUUCUGCUUUAUUUAUUCCUCGCUGUCCUACCGCGAGAAGCAAGUACAGGUUCAACGAUAUUCGCAAGAGAAACAGAACUUGCGACUCAUAGAACCCACGAGCCGCGUGGGUGUCCAACAAUUCUCUACAGUCGCUGUCAUGUUCCUGUCUAA